AUGAAAUUUCAGCUGGCAAUUUACAUUUGCCUUCUGCUGCUGGCAAGUGCAGUAGCCCGAUGUCCAUCGCAGAAAAAUGUGAUCUACUGUCAAAUAUGCUUUAUAUUCAGCCAAUUUGUUCUUGAUCAUAUGACUUGGGAAUUGGCGGAUGCUAUAGAGUAUGGGAUAAAUCAGUGUCUGUCGUUUGGUUUUAUAUAUUCUGGAUCAUGCCAGUUAAUUAUUCGAAACAAUGGCGAACGUAUAUAUAACGGAGUUCAUAACGGAGAUGCAUUGAAUAAAGUUUGCGAUUUUGUGUGCUAA